AUGCCGACUCACUACAAACAGCCCCCAUCUCGUGUCAGUUCCAUGGAUCGUGUCGACCGUGGCUCGAGUGAGAUCGAUGAGCCGUUCAUCGACACGAGGCCCGAUGAACGAAACGAGAAACCAACAGACGAUGGAGAAGAUGGUAUGAGAAGAAAGUUUCGAAACUACAUCAAACGCAAGUGGAACUCGACCAAACAUUUACUGGAUGACAAGCCCUACAAGGUGAAAGACAGUUGGGGAAACUUCUUCUGGCAUUUGUCGAAAAGGCUGCUCACCACCUAUAUUCUCUUGAGUGCCAUUGUGUUUGGUGCCGCGGGAACAAGCUUCAACAUAACGAAGUUCACGUUAUGGAAGAAGGUUCAAAUUGACCAAGAUAUCCAGCUUGCAGCAUUCGGCAUAAUCAACACCAUUCUCGCCCACAUGGUCAGAGACUCACUGGCCCACAUAGCCGACACGCUGGUUACAAGGCGGAUGGUCUCGGAGAAGGGGCGUGGAGCUACCGUCUUGGACUUCGAGAUGAAAGAAGAGCUCACCAAGCCCUGGAUCGCUGUCUCUACCUUCUACUCUAGGCGCAAGCAAACCGGCUGGACCGCCCGAAAUAUCCUUCGCCUUGCUCUCAGCUUCACCAUAGGCGCAUGCCUCUUGUUGCAAGGCGCUGGAAUAAACACUGUCGGCAUGCCCAAGACACGGUGGUGGCCUGACACCAGAUACGUCAAUCCCAAGCCAGGUGACAACCGUUUCUUUUUCAGCAACAAGACCAUGCGUGUUGCCAACGUCAGUAGAAUGGCGGUAUGGGACCGCUCCUGGAACAUGAUCCGGGAGGGCGGCGACAUGUCCUGGGAACUAGCCCACACAUUUGGCGCAAUUUCCAUCCUUGAGUCUCUCGAGCAACUGUACGAAACAUCAACUUACAAUGCGGGCUGGUACCCUAUCGGCAACAGUGGAGGGCCAGUGCAAGCCGUGCUCAACGUAACGGAUACGCCUACUCGAUCCAUCCAAGCUGCCUCAAUCAACGGGAAAGCGACUGCAGAAAUGUGGGAUGAGCAAAGAGCAUCCGGGCCGCCAUGGGCUCGGCGAGCUCUUGGAUGGUACGCAACCCUGAAACUAACUUCGCUCCUCCUCGACACAGCGUGCAUCGAAGCGCCGGGCCAUCCGGUCGGAUCUUGGGAGGCAUCAUCCACCCACAACGGCACAAUCAUCCUGACCAUCGGCCCCAUGACCGAGGAAGACGAUGACUUUCCAGGCGCUACAUGUACAACAUCCAUCGAACAAGUCCUGAUCACAAUACAGCAAUGGAUCAUCGACGACGACAUCGAUCGCUCGCGCCCUGCCUGGAGCAUCGACAACUGGGGCGCGUGGGCCUACCCAGCCAUAUCCCCGCUCCCCUCCGCCCCGCCCACCUCCAGCAUCGCCGCCGAACUCGCCUCCUGGUUCAACGCCAUCUCGCCCACCCUGCAGCGCCUCACGACAACCAACACCACCACCACCACCACCACCACCACCCCCGCCCCCUUCACCGCCCUCGCCCUCCACCUCGCCACCGCCCUAACCCCGCCCACGCCACUCAACACGUCCACCACCACCACCACCACCACCCACGGCCUCUCCACCCUCACCGCCGUCCUCCUCUCCCACACCCUCACAACCCUCACCUGGACCUUCGACGACCUCCGCCCCCCAAACACAACCACCAACCCCCCACUCCCACCCACCCUCCAAGGCCCCAUCCGCUGGAAAAUCUACGGCUCCGGCCCGCGCCUGCAAUGGCAAUGGGCCAUAUCCGCCGUCAUCGGCGUGACCGCCCUGGUGCAGCUCUUCGACAUCUGGCUGCUGCUGCGGCACCGGCAGGCGAAGGGGUUGUGGCUGGGGCUGGGCGGCAUGCUGGUGGCGGCGAACGCGGCGGCGCGGAUGGGAGGGGGCGCGGUGGCGCCGCGGGGGCAGGGGGCCGGGUUCGUGGGGGAGCGGGGGAGGGGCGUGAGGUAUUUCGUUAGGGAGAGGAGGGGGAGAGGUGGGGAGGGGAAGGGGGAGGGGGAUGGGGACGAGGAUGGGGACGGUGGUGGGGUGGCGACGCUGGUUAGUGGGUGUGAGUUGAUGGUGGGUGCUCAUGGGGAUGGAGCCGGGGCGGCGGGGUAUAAGACGUUGGAUGCGGGGGUUGAGUAUGGAGGUUAG